CUAAAAUCAGUGAAAUUAAAAGUACCGAGAGCGACAUGAUGAAGCUGUCUUUUACUCCUGAGAGCGAGAUUCUUGGGAGAGUAGAGACAAAUCGCCACUCAAAUCCCGGCGGAGAUGAAGUCGCAUUGUUGUUUCUCAGGGACGGCGCAUGGCGUAUGCGAUUGUUUACCACACGGCGAAGGAAGCUUUCACUUAGGUCUUCUCCGUGAUCUUAAACGCUUUCCAUAUAACUGAUAUUUUCCCAAAAUGCAGCCACCAGUCCUUUUGGUCAAAUCCUGCUCGCUUCGGAUUGCUACCACAUGAUCUUCAGAGGUGUACAUUUUCAUUCAGUUGAUGACUAAUUUAUUAUAAUUGUUUGCUUUGAUGAACACUAGGGCUUUAUAGUUUGUACUCUUUAAAUAACUUUCACUAUACAUCUAAUCAAGGGUGUUCGUUGGCGUUAAAUGUUAAGAACUUGCCUUUUUAGAUACAGCUUGGUAUGAUUGAUUGUUACAUAAGUUUUGGUUCAUGGACUUUUGAGAUACUUCUCUGUUGGGAAGUAUUUAUUAAGAUCUGCACAAUGGUGGAGCUUCGUCUUGAUGAUUGGAGAGUAGUGGAGAAUAUUCUUAAAACCAGACAUGAAGAUGUUUGCUUUCUUCUCGAUAAAUAUAAUGGGAAUUUCUGUCUUAGAACGUGCUGGAGAAAUUAUCAUCCACCAUUUUUGCAGAGUUCAAGAUUCGUUCAGGAUAGUCUGAUUCUCUUUUUUUUCUUUCCUUUGUCACAAAUGGCCACAGGAUCACAUCUCAUUCUGAUGAUCUUCUUUGUUCAUCUGAUCUUCAUCUCGAGUCAGCAGGAGGAGACAGGGUUUAUCUAUAAUGGCUUUGGCCAAGCAGACCUUUCUACUGACGGCGUUGCCAAGAUUCUUCCGGAAGGACAGUUGCAGUUGACCGAUGGAUCCGGGCAGAAAAUGGGACAUGCUUUCUUGAAGAAGCCUUUUGAGUUCACUUCACCUGAAUCACUCUCUUUCUCAACACAUUUUGUGUGUGCUCUGGUGCCUAAGCCAGGAUUUAUCGGUGGUCAUGGUAUCGCCUUUGUUCUGUCUGCUUCCAUGGAUCUCACACACGCAGAUGCGACGCAGUUCUUGGGACUUUUUAACAUCUCCACUCAAGGAUCCUCCUCUUCUCAUCUAGUCGCUGUUGAGCUUGAUACUGCCCUCAGCGCUGAGUUUGAUGACAUCAAUGCCAAUCAUGUCGGUAUCGAUGUCAACGGCCUUAUCUCUAUCGCAUCGACCCCUGCUUCUUACUUUUCCGAGAUAAAAGGUAAGAACGAAAGCAUAUCGCUUCUGAGUGGAGCUCCUGUUCAAGUCUGGGUGGACUACGGAGGAAACGUGCUUAAUGUUUCGCUGGCCCCUCACAAAAUUCAAAAGCCAAGUCAGCCUCUUUUGUCAACAUCCCUGAACCUUUCAGAAUCUUUCCCAGAUAGAAUGAUAUAUCUUGGUUUCUCUGGAGCGACAGGGACAUUGAUCAGCUACCAAUACAUACUAGGCUGGAGCUUUAGUAGAAACAGGGAGUCACUGCAGACCCUGGAUGUCACUAAGCUUCCUCGAGUCCCUCCUCAUAAAGCUAAAAACGAGAGACCAUCAACGCUGCUUAUUGUUCUGCUCAUAUUACUGGCAGUCAUAUUGUUUUUGGUUCUUGGAGCAGCUUUCGCCUACAGGAGAAGAAAAUAUGCAGAAGUAAGAGAAGAAUGGGAAGGAGAAUAUGGUCCACACCGCCUUUCCUAUAAAACUCUGUACAAAGCGACCAAAGGGUUUCACAAGGAGGGACUUCUCGGGAAAGGAGGCUUUGGAGAAGUGUACAAAGGAACUCUGCCUUCCCAUGGAGAAAUAGCAGUGAAAAGAGUGUCGCACGAGGCAGAGGAAGGGAUGAAGCAGUUUGUGGCUGAAAUCGUGAGCAUGGGUACUCUGAAGCACAAGAAUAUGGUUCCACUUCUUGGCUACUGUAGAAGAAAAGGUGAGUUACUUCUGGUAUCUGAAUACAUGCCCAAUGGUAGUCUUGACCAAUACUUGUUCUACGACGAUAAACCUCCCUUUUCAUGGCGUCGGAGACUUAUAAUCAUAAAGGAUAUAGCUUCAGCUCUCAGUUACAUGCAUACAGGAGCUCCUCAAGUUGUUCUCCACCGGGAUAUCAAGGCUUCUAAUGUUAUGUUAGACGCUGAAUAUAAUGGAAGGUUAGGGGACUUUGGUAUGGCGAGGUUUCAUGAUCAUGGAGCAGACCCUGCCACAACUGCCGCUGUGGGAACCAUUGGCUACAUGGCACCGGAGCUUGUUACCAUGGGAGCUUCCACUGCAACCGACGUUUAUGGCUUUGGUGCCUUUUUACUUGAAGUAACAUGUGGGAGGAGACCCGUUGAGCCUGCGUUGCCAGAGGAAAGAAGGUCUUUGGUUAAGUGGGUCUGCCAAUGUUGGAAGAUGGCUUCUUUGCUCGGAGCUAGAGAUCCGAGAAUGAGAGGUGAAAUCUCAGCUGAGGAAGUGGAAAUGGUAUUGAAAAUUGGAUUGAUGUGCAUGAAUGCUGUGGCGGAGCUGAGACCUUCGAUGGAAGAAGUGAUGCAAUACUUAAAUGAAAGCCUGAAGCUGCCUGAUAUCACCCCAAAUUCUCCUGGAAUAGGGUCCUUUGUACCACUGAUUAUGGGAUCAUACCCGCUCUCAGCAUCCCUAUACUCUUCUUCCUCAGCCAACGACUCUACAUUUGUCACUCACUCCAUUGUCUAUGGCCACGGUCGGUGAAAAACUUGGGAAAUUUUCUCCUCUAUUGUAUUAAGUUUAUUUGGAAUGAGAAAAGCCAUGUUAGCGUUGUGUGAAGUAACUCUAGUUGGCGGGAGUACCAUUGUGCUCCACUUGUGAAACUUAUUCUAAUACAACACAAAGACAUCCCAGCAUUGAAAAGUAAUGCUUGGAGUCUUUUGUAGAAAUGGCUUUUUUUUUAGGAUUUGUAAAUUUUGAUGUGUGUUUGCAACUGAAGUUUUGUAUCUUCUUAUCUGCAUUUCUGUUUCUACAUUAGUUUUACUGCAUUUUCCUGUAACUAAGUUGUUUAUACAGAUGUUUGCAAGUUUUUCUUCA